CUUAAGGCUGUAAGACUUCACACUUUUUUAAUGAUAUUCAGUCACCUCAUGCUGUAUGAAAGUCCUUAGCUAGGACUCCGUGCACUGAAUUAACCAGUUAUUCGGUCUGUACUCCAGGGAUGGUGUCUGAUUUGAAGGAUAUCCCAUACCAUGGACUGGCAGAGUGACCCUGCCAGUGCCAUCAGGUAUGGCAUUUGCUUAGUUGCUAGGGCAUUUUGCCCAGACUUAAGCUGUGGAUUAGAGCCAAAGCAUGUCCUUGACUUCUGACAGAGGAGAAGAAAUCUAUGAAUACUGUUUUGUACCAGAGAAAGAUGAAGAUAAUAAGGAACAAAAUGCAUGCGAAGAACAAAAUUUGGACAUCUUGGAAGAAGUUCUCUGUGCAGAAAGAGUGGGCCAGAUGACUAAAACAUACAAUGACAUUGAUGCUGUUACACGUCUGCUUGAAGAGAAAGAGAGAGAUUUAGAAUUAGCUGCUCGUAUUGGCCAGUCUUUGUUGAAGAAGAAUAAAACACUGACAGAGAGGAAUGAGUACUUGGAGGAACAGAUAGACCACAUUAGAGAGGAGGUUUCCCAGUUGCGUCAUGAGCUGUCUAUGAAGGAUGAGCUACUUCAGUUUUACACAAGUGCUGCUGAGGAAAGUGAGCCUGAUUCCAGUUGUUCUACACCGUUGAGACGUAAUGAGUCCAGUACAUCAGUUCCAAAUUAUUUUCAUUUGGAUAACCUUGAGAAGAAACUAAAGGAACUAGAGGAAGAGAACCAUGUCCUGAGAUCACAGGCAUGCCACUUGCAGACUGAAACUAUCACUUACGAAGAGAAAGAGCAACAACUUGUAAAUGACUGCGUGAAGGAGCUAAGAGAUGCAAACUUUCAGAUUGCUAACAUAUCUGAUGAUCUGGCGAAGAAGACAGAGGAUGCAGCUCGUCAGCAGGAAGAAAUCACACACCUCCUUUCCCAGAUAGUGGAUCUACAGAAAAAGGCAAAAGCUUAUGCUGUGGAAAAUGAAGAGCUCACGCAGCAUUUGGGAGCAGCAAAAGAUGCUCAGCGACAGCUUACAGCUGAGUUGCGGGAGUUGGAGGACAAGUUUGCAGAAUGUUUGGAGAUGCUUCAUGAGACACAAGAAGAACUCAAGAACCUUCGUAACAAGACAUUACCUAAUGCCACAUCACGGCGUUAUCACGCUCUUGGCCUCUUUCCAAUGGAUUCAUUGGCAGCAGAAAUUGAAGGGUCUAUGAGAAAAGAGCUGCAGCUGGAUGACCCUACAACACGAGAACAAAAAUUUCACCAGAAGCGAGUGUUUGAUGUUGUACGGAAUAUAAAUCAGGUGGUAAAACAGAGAUCCUUACCUCCAUCGCCAAUGAACAUCCCAGGAUCCAAUCAGUCUUCAGCACUGAAUUCUGUUUCUUCCAGCUGCUUCAGCACCCCGCGAUCUAGUUUCUAUGGAGGUGAUAUGAAUAUUGUGAUCGACAAUAGGACAAACAGCAUCAUCUUAGAAACAUCUGAAUCUGGGCAUGAAGAUGCAAAUAUAAAGCCAGGAACUCCAGGAACACCUGGUUCUCGAGAUUUAGAGACCGCACUUAGGCGACUUUCUUUACGUCGUGAAAACUACUUGAGUGAAAGGAGGUUCUUCGAAGAAGAUCGAGAAAGGAAGCUGCGUGAAUUGGCUGAGAAGGAUGAUUUUCACAGUGGUUCAGCGACUCCUACUGAAAGCAUUAUGUCACUAGGAACACACUCUGGCAUAUCGGACUUCACAGGGUUUUCAGGAAUGUCCAUAGGCAGCCGCUCAUAUUUACCAGAGAAACUGCAGAUCGUGAAGCCACUCGAAGGUUCUGUUACUCUGCAUCAGUGGCAGCAGCUUGCUCAGCCUAACUUAGGAGGUAUCCUUGACCCAAGGCCUGGUGUUGUCACCAAGGGGUUCAGGCCCCUAGAACUUGACCUGGAUGAAGUCUAUCGUCUGAGUGACUAUGAAGAAGAUGAGACAGUCAAUAUUUCUUUUCAGGACCUGCCUACCUCUACCUCAGCUCAGCACCUGGUGACCUCAGGUGAGAGGUCGCAAGCACAAGUGACUGUUUCAAACAGCGACUCUUACCCAAGGCAGUCUCAGUCUAAAACAGAAGAGAUGGAGGAUCCCACAGCUGACAGAGAUGGGUUGUCUGUUCAUUAUCCUGGUAAAUGUAUGUCCCACACCAGUUCUACUUACACCUUUACAACUUGCCGCAUCCUCCAUCCUUCUGAUGAGCUCACAAGAGUUACUCCAAGCCUUAAUUCUGUACCUAAUACAGUGUGCAGUGCUAACAUGAGCAACUUUAAAACUACUCCUGCUGCUACUCCUUGCACUCCUCGACGGCUGAGCUUGGCUGAAUCCUUCACAAAUCUCAGAGAAUCCACCACCACUAUGAGCACAUCGUUAGGAUUAGCAAGACUUCUGAAAGAAAAAGGAAUCUCUGCAGCAGUAUACAAUCCUCUAAGCUGGAACAGGACUGGUACAUGUACAAGCACCAUUCUAGAUCAGCUCGCCCCCAGAACAACUAUAAUGCCAUCAACACCUCCCAACUCACCAAUGCAGACUCCAAGCUGUUCCCCACCUUCUUUUGAAUAUACAUGCACCAGCCCACCCUAUGACAACUUUCUUGCCUCUAAACCUGCCAGUUCCAUUUUAAAAGAGGUCAGAGGUGAGAAAAAGGGAAUGCAUAGCAGUGAGUGUCAAACUGAUGUGAGUGUUUCAAAUCUAAACCUUGUUGAUAAAGUGAAACGUAUUGGAAUUGGAAGAGUAGUUGGACCUGGGGCAACAGUUUCACAACUAGGUCCUCUAACAGACGAUCAAAGAUUUUUUCUGUGUGGUGCCCAGAGACCAGUAAGAGCUUUUGCUCCUGGAGGAAUUGUACCAGAAGGCCUUCCUCUAGGUGGCCCUACUGUGGUCACAAAUUCUAUUACAGGGAUGCAGUUGAACUCUGGCAUUCGAAGGAACCGUAGCUUCCCCACUAUGGUGGGAUCUAGUAUGCAGAUGAAGACUCCUUCAUCACUAAAUUCAGGAAUCUUGAUGGGCUCCAAGUUACCUAAACAGACUAGUCUACGGUGAAGGACAUAUUUAACUAAUCUUUUAAAAUAUUUAUCUUGUUUCUAAUUUUAUUUGUGUUCUGAUAAGUCAUAUUUAUGCCUAGUGAGACUAGAAAAUAUAGUUUGUAUAAAUUGUAAAUAUGUUUUGGACAUACUUUACCUAAUUGUGAAAAGUCCUACAUGUUUUGAGUAGGAAGUUUUGCUUUGACAAUGCAGUGGAUGCAUCAGGAAUUUAUAUUAACUAAACAUGUAGCAGGUAAGUAGUGAAAUUGCACUGAAAAUAAGAACGUAGAGAUGUCAGUGUGUAUCAUAAAUGUGUAUGUUAUACAUUUUAGAAGGUCUUGCCUUAGCAUGGGGAGAUAAACAAAACUUCUCUCCUUUUUCUUUGAACCAUUUAUUUUACUUUUGUACAUUUUUUUUGAACAGCUAGUGUUGGUGAGAGGGGAAAUCAGAUGUUUGGCAGCAUCUUUUUGCUGCAGGUGGAAUAUUCUUAUUGACAACAGGUGAAGAUGUAACCUACACAGUUUUGUCACUUGUGUACUUUUGGGUCCAGAAACAGAAUGAAAGAAAGAAGUCUAGUGAAGCAGAGUCUUGUGUUCAUUUAAUAAGAACAACAUGUAGGGGAUGCAGAGAGGAAUGUAACUUUGUAAUGCUCUGCUGAUUACAGUCAGUCUUGUUUACCAUAAUCAAAUGUAUUGAAUAAUAUUUGGCUGAAACCAAUUAGCCCAAAAACAGCAUCUUUGUCACCCCCUUACUUAUCUAUUUGGGGGUCAUAUGAAAACUCAGUGUAGAUCAUUGUCCAAGAGAUGUGUAAAUUUCAGUCUGCCAAAGAACUUUUAAUCCAUAUGUACUCAAUGAAAAAAACUGUCUGGGGAGUGUAGUUAUUUUCAGCCUAUUUACUACCAUGUUUGACUUCUUUGGCAAAGUUCUUGCUGUGGUGAUACUUGCACCCCAGUUUUGUCAUAGUUAAAGGAACCCCAAAUGCUUUAUUCCUAAUACCAGCUAGAAAUAGCAGACAGCAGGCUUCUUACAGUAGUCUUUUCCGGAAAAUGAUAAACUUGCAAAUUAUCUUCUCUUUUGGGAAAAAUAGUUGUCUUUGCAUAAUUUUACUUGUAAUACUAGCAUUUCUAAUAGAACUUUGUGUAUCUUGUGUGGCAAACUACAUUGCUGAAGACAGUAUUGAUCUGGCUGUCCAUCCUUCCAUGUUGCCAUGAGCUUACUUUUUAAUAUUAAUGGAUAUAUAACUGAGCAGUGUGUUUUGUGUAAUAAAGCAGAUUUGUAUCAUGAGUGGGGCACAACAGUGAUGUAGUGAUUAAAGUUGCUGCCUCACCGUGCCUGGUUUUCUACUUUAGUUUCUGAAUGAGGUGCCUUCUGUCUUGAGUCUGUGUCCACUUGACAUUUUGCUAGAUGUUCCAGUUUUCAUACACACCCUGAAGGCACACACUCAGUCAAACUGAUGAUUCUCUAAACUGUCCAUAACUGUGUGUACUUGUGCACAUGAAUGUUGAUGCAUCUUGCAAUGGACCAGUGUCCUGUCCAGGACUAGUUCUCUGUUUUAUGCCCGUUGAAUGCAAGGAUAGACUCUGGAUUACCUGCGACCCUAAAGCAGGCUAAAGUGAGCACUGAAAAAUUAAUAUGUAUCAUUUGUGAAAAAGUAGCGUGAAUUAAUAUUAAAAGGCACAAUACUUACUGAAGAAUUAACUCAAUAUACAAUGAUAUUACCUGCUUGUUUUCAUUACUUUUGUUUCUUGGGUUUACCUGUCACUAAUCAGACAAGUUGCCGUCUUAAAAUUGCAGAGCUGACACAGUGUAGCAGAAGCAUUUUUUUAUACCCGAGAUAAUGGCUAAGUUAUUUGGAUAGGUGAAAAUGCAUGCUUUCAUCCUUGUUGGAAGAGAGAGACAUGUAUACAGAGAGAGUAUCACACAUCUGUGUUUUAUAGCAGAUUUAUAUAGGCAAUUAAGACCAAAAACCUGAUGUGAGCUAUGAGUCAGCCGGUAGACUGUUACUGCAUUUGGAUGAAAAAGUGAGUACACAGACGAGAACUGAGAAGAAAGCUCUACAGUUUUAUCUAUGAUGCAUUAAAAAAGCUUUAGGAAAAACUACCAUAAAUGUAGAUUUUCAGAAAAAAAAUCUUUAUGCGUUUACGUAUUCAGACUUUAAUAUUCAAAGAACAAUCAGCAUCUCAGUCUUAAAUUGGCUGGUGUACUUUAAAUUUAGGCAUAAAUAUGUUGUACUUUGACUAUUCCUUUCCGUUAUCAGUAAACUGGGAGUUUAUCGACAAAUGUAUGUUACUUUCAUACAGAUGCAAGCAAAUAACUUUCAUAAGACAGUGGCUUCUUUCUAAAACUUACAUUAGCAAUCAUUUUAUGCCAUACCGUUUUUUUGUUUAAUGCACCAUUUUUCGUAGUAUAUGGCUUAAAGUUUUUCUGCAUCUUUGGAACUAAGAUUUAAUGUCAUACUAGUAGGUUAAGUCUUGAAGAAAGUUUUUCAGAUAAUUUAAGAACUCUCUCCAUCAUUACACUUCAUGUAUGAGCAGGGCUGUUGAGUAUACUGUGCCAGUAAUAGCCACUGAAGAAAUCCUGAACAUUUCAUAAGGCAUCAUUUCAUAGUAUUAGGUGCAAUGAAAGGAUUUAUUUUUUGUUGUUAUUGUUUUAUAUGUGUGUCUCACACAUUUUCACUUUGUGGCAGUGCAUAAUGAAUGUUUCUAUAUGGCACCAUAAAACCUUUGAAUCAAAGUGCCUGACCAAAAUAGAUAGAUGAUUUCCUUAUCAAAAAACACUUGGGGGGUGCUAGGAAAACUGGCUUACUCUACUACGUAUUGUCAAAAGCAGCAUUUAAAAAAGUGAAUAUGUUAUUGAUUGUUUAUUAUUUCAAAACCAUGUAGUUACCAUUUAAAACCAGCAUGCUAAGUUCUGCAGUUGCAUGUGGGACCUGACUACUACUGUUAGUAUCCAGCUGGUACUUGAAAUAGCUUAGUUACUAGGUGUCUUGUUCUGAGUUUUAAUUUUAUGACCUUUGCAGUGUUGUAUGAAAUUAAACAGCUGUUUGUGGAGCUGAAAUCUCUGCACUUAUUAACUUCCAUCCGUAGACCAGUAGCACUGAUAAAUUACUGUAAAUAUGAAAUGAUUGCUUGUUCAUAUGUGACAUUCCUUGGGAUGUUACAAUUUUUUUUUCAAAACCUUAGUCAUAAUGGUUUUACUGUACCUUGGUAAACGUUUUGUCUGAAAGCACAUGACGAAUGCUCAAAAAUGUGUUUUAAAGGCAAUUAUUUAUUCUCCAAGAAGCAUUUUAGCUCUGAUUCAUAAUUGUAUUUGCUGUAUUGUAGUCAUAUACUUAACUGCAGUCACUUUGUUUUUUUUUUAUUUUUAAUAUGUUGGCAAUCUGGAAAUAAUUGAAUACAUAAAGAUGGUUUUGUUCUUUCUACUGUACAUUAUGAUGGAAAUGUGGUUUUGCACACUUAGUGUAUUAAUGAGGAACUUGCAAUAAUAACCACUGUGUUAUAGGAAGGAAAGAGGACAUGUUACUAUAGUCCCAUGUUACUAUGAUGUUGUAUAUCAGAAACUACUAAAUUCUGAAAUGUCAAUAAACCAAAACAAAUUGAUAGUGAAACUGCCAA